UUUUAUCCGGACGCCAGUGUCAGUCGAGGGGGAGCUCGUUCUGGUCUUUGUUCAAAUGGCGUCUUCGUCCAUGUUUACCGCCACUCUUUCUCAUCUUCUCUCAAAGAAUGGCAAUAACCCCUCUUCCAUGCUCGCCUCAUGCCUCACCUUGUCUUCGAACCCAAAUGUUUCUUCCCAAUUUCUUAGGAGGACGAAUUCUCUGGCACGUUCUUCACCUCCAAGGCCUCUCACCGUUAUCGCCAUGGCCCCUCCUAAACCGGGCGGGAAAUCCAAGAAAGUGGUUGGAGUGAUUAAGCUGGCUCUGGAGGCAGGGAAGGCAACUCCUGCGCCGCCAGUCGGGCCGGCGCUUGGUUCCAAGGGUGUUAAUAUAAUGGCAUUCUGUAAGGAUUACAACGCGAGGACUGUUGACAAGGCUGGGUAUGUGAUUCCGGUCGAGAUUACGGUGUACGAUGAUAAAAGCUUUACUUUCAUUUUGAAAACUCCACCCGCAUCAGUUUUGCUUCUUAAGGCAGCAGGCGUGGAGAAAGGCUCAAAAGACCCAAAGUUAGAGAAAGUGGGGAAAAUUACAAUUGAACAAUUGCGUGCAAUUGCUACAGAAAAGUUGCCAGACCUGAAUUGCACGACUAUGGAGUCAGCAAUGAGAAUUAUUGCAGGCACAGCUGCUAAUAUGGGCAUUGACGUUGAUCCUCCUGUUCUUGAACCUAAAAAGAAGCAACUUGUGUAACCAACUUCCAAUGGAAUAAUUUGACGAGAAACAGGAAUACAGCAGAAAAAAGCUUUUGAUUCUUUCUUUGGGGAAUGAACAGCAAAAAAGGCUGACCUAAGGCCUACGUGGUUAGAGAUUCAAAAACUUGUAUUUGGAUUCUUGUUUUCAAAAAUGAAAACAAUUUGUCUUAUGCUUUUCUUUUUUUGGUGCUAAAAAUGUGUUAGAUUAUUAAAUUUGAGUUUUAGCUUGCAGAAACGGGAAUGCGAUUGUGUUUUGAUAAUCCAAAAUGCAUGCGCUGGCUAUGUGUAGGAGGUGAUCAAUCAUCGACCAUCAGUCACCCCCUCCCUCUGAAAAGAUAGAUAAACAAAUGUGACAAACGUCUUCAGAUGCAGAUUACCUUAGUUGCUUCAAUUAUGUGGGAUUAUUAGACAGAUUGGGAUGCUGAAUUGCACCAGAUGAUUGAGCAUGCUAGAAGGAAGCAUUUGAAAGCUCUGGUAUUAAGAUCUUCUUGAAUGUUCAUUGUGUGUGAAUAAUGUCUACUUGGAAAGAAAUAGGAGAAUUAUUUAUUCUUCCUUUCACGAUACUGUGGAAUGGUGGUGCGGGACAGCAUCAAUCAUAUGCAGCCAUGAAGAAUGUAGGAGAGGAAAGGAGAAGGAAGAAGGAAGGAAGAUAGGAGAGCAGAGAUUCAAGAGGGAAUCACGUGGUCGAUUCAAUUCAAAUUCACAACUACUAUUUAUCAAAUUCAAAAGGGAUAGAGUUUUCACACUA